CGUCACUUAGUAUCCCUCAACACACUUCCGUAGCCACCGUAGCCUGCUUCGCUCCGGCGAGCUAGAGGCGUUUGUUGUUCUACCGAUCGAGCGAUGUUCGACAAAUGUACUUGUCUAUUUACACGACAAACGCUGGGAAGUAACCGGGCAUUAUGGAGGAGCCUUGGGACUUUGAAUUUCUGUCCCGUAUCGCCGACGGCUGCUUGUCGUUUCUUUCCGAAUUCGUGGAGGACUGGCUCGCCAACGACUUGAGAGUCUCCAUAUUCAAAAUCCUCCUCACCUGGUUGAUUUUCAGUCUCCUGGCUAUUCACUUUGCUUGGAAGGUUUACGGCAACACGGUGAACGACAUGUAUUAUCGCCAAGGUAGCGGCCAGAACGGGGGGACACCUGACACAACAGCUGGCCUGGGGAGCUGGGGGAGCACAUCGGGGGAACCAUUCAAAUCUCAUCGGGAUUAGCCAGACGUCUGAAACUCCCAGAGACAGUGAAUGCACCUUCAAAUUCUGACUAUUAAGGGUUUGUCGUCAGUUUUUAUAAACUGUACAUGCUCCUAGAACACGAUUGUAAAUACAAAAUUGAUUCUAAAUAUUGUGUCUGAUUAUUAAACAAGAUGCCUGGA